ACCGUCAUGGCAGAAAGUCGGCCACCCGAGCAUCUCCUUGGCUUACUCCGAGUCAGGGACAACUCCGCGCUGUCCCCCGCCAAUACUGCCUCUCUCCGGACAUUCGUCGCGGCCCACCGAGCGCAGAUUGUCGCCGUGAGCGACACCAUCGAGAAGCUACAGCAGGACACCAAGGCUAAUGAGGCGAAUAGGCGCAUCGCAGCCGUGCAGGCCAAGAAGAGCAAGCAGCGGAAGACGAUUGAGACCAAGGCAGGCAACCGGUUUGACAAGCUCGUCGAGGAACAAAAAGCACUGGAGAAGGAGGUCGCCCCGUACCAUAAACUCUUGACCUGGUCUCCGAUACGCACCAUCCAUAGUCAUCCGGCCGUUCUGCUGGAGAUCAUGUACCGCGCCACGCUAGCUGAAUCCCUCUCCGGUCCCCAGCUUCCUUUCCGCCCUGUCUGGGUGCACAACCACAGUCCUCUCGCGCUGGCUGCGGUGUGCCGGGACUGGCGCAAAAUUGUUCUUGCCAAUCGUCAUAUUUGGCAACACCUCGAUGUUUUCACCACAUCUGUCGAAAACAAGUGUCGCUAUCCCUUGGGCAGAGUCCGCUCUCACAUCAUGCACUCCGUCUCCAUCGACUUGCACGUGCAGCUCGACUUGCGACACAUACCAGCCAGCUCCGCCUUUGGGCAGCAGCUGAUGAUGUUGGUUAGUUCGACUAGCGGGCGGUGGUCGAGUUUGACGUUGCGCUGGACAGCCGACGACUAUGAUACCCUGGAGACACUUUCGCUUCUCGUUACUCAUCCCACUCACCUCCACCGGCUCACCUUGGAUGGCCCACUCGACACCAUCGCUUCAGGAUCGCCUUUGCAUUUGUUGACGCUCGCCCCGAAUCUGAAGGAGGCCUGUAUGACGAGUUCCGUACCUGUCCUCAAUCACGGCGCGAGCAUUUCCUCCAUUCGAUUGGCGUGGCAUCAGCUAACUGGGCUGGCACUCCACGGUACCACCACGAUGCUCCUCAUGAUAUUGAACACGACGCAGAGUAUCACCAGGUGCUCACUGACGAUUUUGCCCCAAGAAGUCUCGUCAGAGCAGGGGCACUCCGAGUCGAUGGUCGCGCCAUUGCCGUUAUCUCUCCUCACCUAUCUGCAUAUCUCCACAAAGGACUCUUUGACGUCUGUCGACGGUCUGCUAGCUCGUCUCGCAUGCCCCCAUCUGCAGGAGCUUGUCAUCCCUCAACCAUCGACCGCAUUGAGUCUGUUUGUCGUUCGCAGUGGAUGUGCCCUCAAAAAGCUUGUCGUCCUCGCCCAAUCAGAAGCUGAUGUCGAUCUCUCUCCUACUUUGGAGCUUCUCCGCGUCUGUCCCCAGCUGCUGGAACUCAGCAUCACCAUGCGCCGUAAAACAGAGCGGGGAUACUAUGGGCCGACACACGACUCGCCGCUUCCCUUUCUCCGCGCCCUGGCACCCAUUGAAGCGCCGCCCGACGGGCUGCUUUGCCCGCGACUACAGAUCCUCGGCCUUUCACCGCUGAGGCGUGUCAGUACGGAGCUCGAGCGGCUGUUGACCGCGCGGUGUGCAGCACUUCUAGGCGUGCUCCAAAGAGUCGACAUCCACGACCCCCGGGUAUGCGACGACCAGGAAGAUACAUCUGGCCUCGUUUCUCGUGCCUACGACCCGGAGGACUAUAGAUUGUUCGAGCGCGCCCGGGAGGCACAAGAUGAAUAUGACCCCUCUACCGCUGUGCCAAUAUGCCUAUACGUCCAAACGCCCAAGUUUCACCGCCCGUGCCCAGUCUUCUGGCGCCUCCAAAAGCCGCAUGUACCCCUGCCCAAGCCUAAGGUUAAACAAAUGGCGCAAAAAUCGGCCAUAUCUCGCCACCCGACAGCACCCCGGCCUGACCCGCGGACCCCGCUCCAGGCAUGGCGGCGUGCAAGCCACGCCACGAAACUGGGACCAACAUAUGCUGAGUACGACCCCUCUUUGGCACCUGUAUCCGACUCGGACUUGGACUAG